AAUAACAAUAACCGCGGGACUAAUGGAGAGGAAGCAAAAUGGCUGCUGUUGCUCAAACUGACUACGCUCAGCUGGGAAACGAUCUGGAAAGAGAAGAGUUAGAGAAUGGAGCAACUCCUGGCUCAAUACGAUUGUACUGUCAGCUUUUAGCGGUCUACUUGCUCCAGAAUGACAUGUGCAACGCUAAACUUUUGUGGAAAAGAAUCCCGCCAACUGUGAAACAGACCUCUCCAGAGCUCACAAACAUCUGGGUUGUGGGGCAAAAGAUGUGGCUGCGUGACUAUGCUGGCAUUUAUGAAGCUCUUCAGAAGGAGUGGUCUGAAGAGGUCAAAAUGAUCAUGGGCGCCGUGCAAGAAUCUGUGAGAGAAAGAGCUCUACGGCUGGUGAGACUGGCCUAUUCCUCCAUCUCUACCGAUGAUUUGGCUCAGUUCUUGGGCGUUUCCGGGGAGAAAGCUGUACAAGUUGCCCAACGAGAAGGCUGGCAAGUGGAUGAACAAAGCCGCAUCAUCACACCAAAGAAGAUUGAGCCAGUGCCUGCUCCAGCAAUUCUCAGUGAGCAACAUCUGUCGGUUCUUACAGACUAUGUUACCUUCAUGGAAAACUGACUUCCCAUUUGUAUGAAUAUGUGUGAUAAGGGACGGAAGGAAUUGUUGUAGCUUGUGAGUCUAUAACUGAUGAUGAUUGUGUGAUGAUGUUUGUUUGGAAUUUGGUGAAGAUGUUGCAUCUGGAGAAUGAUAUUAUAUAUAAAAUUGGUAAUCUUGCUGAUAAUGAAGAAGCUUGCGUGGGAAGAUGGUGAGCUAGUCUUGGUAAGAGUGCAGGUGUGUGAGACUAUAUGUUGCUUGUGUAUGAGACCACACAUAUCAGGGUUGCCAACCUUUCCGAUUUUUUCGUAAUCAUUACGAUUUUUUAGCCUUACUACGAAAUUCCGAUUGUAAGGCGAUUUAUUACGAUUUUUGCCGUCUGCAGAUUUUUGGCCUGGACUAUUAAAAAAAAUAUUGUUGGCUCUUUUUAAAAAUUUAACAUGUUUUAGUGCAGACAUGUAAAUCGUCCGCCAAUAGCCAGGGUCCCCCCACCAGGUCGGGAAAUCGGAAAAAGUUGGGAAUUUUGUGAUGGGUCGGGAAAGGAUAGGGCGUGAGUAAUAUUAGUAGAGUAGCUAUCAAGACAGUAUGGUUUAUGAAUCAUGAAGAG